AUGGAACAUUAUGAAGAAGGGGAUAGAUAUUUUUAUUUCCCUGGAGAUGGUGAUAAUAGUCUGCAUUUAGUGGACAGCCUAGCACCAAUUGAUUAUGUUUUCUUGGACGAAUUUAGACGAAGUUCAGAUAAUUAUCGCUAUUGGUUAUUUACUAGACAAAAUCCUGCAAUGCCGCUUGUAUUGGAUUAUGGAGACAAAGCAUCCAUUUUAAAUUCGUCUUUCAAUCCAUAUAACCAAGUCGUAUUUUUAGUACACGGUUGGUAUGGUCACGGCGAUAACACAAUGAACAGAAUUUUAACAGAUGCAUUUUUACAAAAGCACGAUGUGAACGUUAUAGUAUUAGAUUGGAGUGCUCUUUCAACUAGAAAUUAUAUAACAGCGAAAAAAGGUGUGGCCGUUCUUGGGGAGCACGUUGGAAAAUUCAUCAUGUGGCUGAACGAAGAAUUUGGUAUUUCUUAUAAUAAAAUACAUUUGGUCGGAUUUAGCUUAGGCGCUCAUAUGGUUGGUAAUGCAGGUAGAACUACAGGCGGUUUGGUUAAGAGAAUAACAGGUCUUGAUCCAGCUGGUCCUCUUUGGAAAAAUGAUCGAAAUCGUCUACGUAGUUCUGAUGCACAAUACGUGGAAGUGAUCCACACUAAUACAGCCUUAUAUGGCUAUUCUGACCCUUGUGGUGACGCGGACUUCUAUCCUAAUGGAGGCGCAUUAAUGCCUGGCUGUUGGUUCAAUGUGUGCUCUCAUAGCAAAGGAUACGAGUAUAUGGCAGCCUCGAUUGUACACGAUCAUCUUCUAGCACAAGAAUGUUCAAAUAUACGUGACGCAAGUUAUGACAAAUGUUCUGGAACAGUCUAUCCGAUGGGCAAUAGUGACUUAUCGAAAUCAAGGUAAAUAUGAUGCUUUAUGUAGAAUAUCAUGAAAAGGUAGUUGAUGGACAAAAUUUUAAGGCAAAUAUAUAUCUUUAUUUUAUUAAUAAAAGGGUUC